AAGUGGGGGCCCCCCGGAGCCGGCUGAGGGAGGCCGACGGACGGACCGACGGACGGAGCGUCCGCGGGAGGUGAGUAAGCCCAGGCCGGGGAUGUGCUUAUGAUGAGCGUCAAUCAGCAAGCUCACCCUGGGCCACCUUAUGGGCAGCCUCAGCCCGGAUACCCAGGAUACCAGCAGCCCAACUACGGCGGGCAGCCGGGACCCGCGGUCCCCUCCGCACCUUAUGCAGCCUACAACGGCCCCAUGCCAGGCUAUCACCAGCCUGCCGCUCCGCCAGGGGUGCCGAGAGCACCGCUGUCUUCGGGAGGCCCUCCAGCUCCUGGAAACCAGGCUCCAGGAGGCCAGCCUGUCUAUGGCCAGUUUGGACAGGGAGACGUGCAGAAUGGACCCGCCUCCAUGGUCCAGAUGCAAAGGCCUCCCACCUCUCAGCCAUUCAUGCCAGGCCCAGGGGCCACCCCCAUGGCAUUCCAGCCCUAUGGGCCUCCCCCAACCAGCACCCAGCUGACCACUCAGAUGGCAGGAAUGCAGAUCGGCCAUGUGGCAGCCCCUGCCCUUCCUCAACCAGGACUGGCCUACGGACCCCCAACGACUCUGCCUGCCACCUCAGGAAGUUUCCCAGCGUCGGGACCCAGUUUGUACACCUCCUACCCCCCAAGCCAGGCUCCGCUUCCUGGCCUGACCCACGGAUUGCCUCCCGCCGGCCUGGCUCAGGGGCAUCCCGGGCCACAGCCUGCCCAGCGACUUGCUGCCCCGCAAGCCUCCAGCUACAACCAGCCGCCUCCGGGAGCCUCAAGACCAUCGGCGAUGCAGGGGCCACCCUUGCCCGGACAGACCUACGGGGGCUCAUCAGCGAGCCAGCCCAAUCACGUGUCCUCACCUCCCCCCCAAGCUCCACCUCCUGGUCCUCUAAUGACUGGCCUUCAAGGACCUCCUCCUUCUCUUCCUCCUCUGCAUGCUUCCCAACCAGGGUAUCCACUGCAGCAGAACGGCUCCUUUGGACAGACCCGAGGUCCACAGCCCAAUUACGCGGGAGCUUAUCCUGGAACCACCAGUUAUGGAAGUCAGCCAGGGCCACCCCAGCCUCCUCCCCCAAAGCGUCUGGACCCCGAUUCCAUCCCCAGCCCUCAACUCAAUGAGCUGCCACCUCAGCAGAAAACCAGGCACAGAAUAGAUCCUGAUGCAAUUCCUAGCCCAAUUCAGGUCAUCGAAGAUGACAGAAACAACAGGGGGUCGGAGCCGUUCGUCACGGGAGCACGAGGCCAAGUCCCACCCCUCGUCACCACCAACUUCCUGGUCAAAGAUCAAGGAAACGCAAGUCCUCGCUACAUCCGGUGCACGUCCUACAACAUCCCCUGCACUUCCGACAUGGCCAAGCAGUCCCAGGUGCCCCUGGCCGCUGUCAUCAAACCCCUAGCCACACUGCCUGCCGAAGAGGCUCCUCCUUAUGUGGUGGACCACGGGGAAUCGGGUCCUGUGCGCUGUAAUCGCUGCAAGGCCUACAUGUGCCCCUUCAUGCAGUUCAUCGAGGGCGGGCGCCGCUUCCAGUGCUGCUUCUGCAGCUGCGUCAGCGAGGUGCCUCCCCAGUACUUUCAGCAUCUGGAUCACACCGGCAAGCGCGUGGACUACUAUGACCGACCUGAGCUCUCCCUGGGCUCCUACGAGUUCCUGGCAACAGUGGAUUACUGCAAGAACAACAAGUUCCCCAGUCCCCCUGCAUUCAUCUUUAUGAUUGAUGUCUCCUAUAAUGCCAUCAAGAGCGGCUUGGUCAGGCUUAUCUGUGAAGAGCUCAAACUGCUACUUGAUUUCCUGCCCAGGGAAGGCGGGGUGGAGGAGUCGGCCGUCCGCGUGGGGUUUGUCACCUACAACAAGGUCCUGCACUUCUACAAUGUGAAGAGUUCACUGGCCCAGCCACAGAUGAUGGUGGUGUCCGACGUGGCCGACAUGUUCGUGCCGCUGCUAGACGGCUUCCUCGUCAACGUCAACGAGUCUAGGGCCGUCAUCAACAGUUUGUUGGACCAGAUACCAGAGAUGUUUGCGGACACAAGGGAAACGGAGACAGUGUUUGCUCCAGUGAUCCAGGCUGGAAUGGAAGCCCUGAAGGCCGCUGAGUGUGCCGGGAAGCUGUUCCUUUUCCACACGUCUCUGCCCAUCGCCGAGGCCCCAGGGAAGCUCAAGAACAGGGAUGACAGGAAACUGAUCAACACUGACAAAGAAAAGACUCUGUUUCAACCUCAGACCCACAUGUACCAGGGACUGGCCAAGGAGUGUGUGGCCCAGGGAUGCUGUGUGGACCUCUUCCUCUUUCCCAACCAGUAUGUGGAUGUGGCUACUCUGGGCGUGGUCCCCUACCACACGGGUGGCUCCGUCUACAAAUAUGCUUGCUUCCAGGUUGAGAACGACCAGGAGAGGUUCCUGAGCGACCUUCGUAGGGAUGUGCAGAAGGACGUUGGCUUUGAUGCUGUCAUGAGGGUCCGGACUAGCACCGGGAUCCGGGCGACGGAUUUCUUCGGGGCGUUCUGCAUGAGCAACACGACGGACGUCGAGCUGGCCGGGCUGGAUGGCGAUAAGACGAUCACUGUGGAGUUCAAGCACGAUGACAAGCUGAGCGAGGACAGCGGGGCGCUCAUCCAGUGUGCUCUUCUGUACACCAGUUGCGGGGGCCAGCGACGCCUUCGCAUCCACAACCUGUCUCUCAACUGCUGCACCCAGUUGGCUGACCUCUAUCGCAACUGCGAGACUGACACACUCAUCAACUAUCUGGCCAAGCUCGCAUACCGGGGGGUGCUUUUUAGCCCUGUGAAAACUGUGCGGGACUCCCUCAUCAGUCAGUGUGCCCAGAUCUUGGCCUGCUAUCGCAAAAACUGCGCCAGCCCUUCCUCUGCUGGACAGCUCAUCCUCCCCGAGUGCAUGAAGCUGCUCCCCGUUUACCUGAACUGCGUCCUGAAAAGUGACGUCCUGCAGCCUGGGGCUGAGCUCACCACUGACGACCGGGCCUACGUCCGGCAACUGGUCACUUCGAUGGACGUGGCCGAGACCAACGUCUUCUUCUACCCUCGGCUCCUACCGCUGAUGAAGAUAUCCUUGGAGAGCGAAGCCGAACCCCCUGCCGUCCGAGCAUCCGAAGAGCGUUUGUGCAAGGGAGAUGUGUAUCUUCUGGAGAAUGGGCUCAACCUCUUCAUCUGGGUGGGGGCCAACGUGCAGCAGAGUGUGGUCCAGAGCCUCUUCAGCGUCCCCUCCUUUGGCCAGAUCAGCAGCGGCCUGAGCUCGCUCCCCGUCCUGGAGAACCCCUUCUCCAAGAGGGUUCGCGCCCUCAUCGACGGCUUCCGAGCCCAGAGGUCCCGCCACAUGAAGCUCAUCGUGGUUAAGCAGGAGGACAAGCUGGAGAUGCUGUUCAAGCACUUGCUGGUGGAAGACAAGAGCCUGAGCGGGGGGGCCUCGUACGUGGACUUUCUCUGUCACAUGCACAAGGAGAUCCGGCAGCUGCUGAGCUAGAGGGGUUUGCUUGGUGCUCAACUCCGAAGCCGACUACCCAACGCCACUGGCCCUGGCUUCCUCCCCCUCUCCUCUUUUCUUCCCUCCUUUCUUCCCCCUCUCCUGCCCUCUGUCUCCCUCUCUCAAGGCAGCAGAGAAACCUGGAUAAUUCCCCAACACGUACCACGUCACGUAAGCAGACUCCACCGGGCAGAGUGAAGGGGAAGCGGCCCUCUUGUCCGGGCCUAGAGGUCUGACCGCUCCGCGUAGGGUUCUGCUGCCGCUGCUGCUGGCCGGAGCCGCCCCCUCCCCUCCCCAGACCCGCUCACUAACCCCCAUCCUAAUGAACGUAGUUUCUCUCUCAGCCGACCGUGUGACUCAGUGGCGGGGGGGACACUGCGGCUCUCGGAGCCCGGUAGUGCUGUGUCUGCAAGGGCUGGCCCGCGGGUGAGAGGGACUCAGGAGGGAGUACCAGAGUGGUGGCCGUGGGGAGGGUGGGGGCCCGGGGGCAGGCAGGAGCUGGAUCAGCUGGAGAUCAUCAAUAGAUUUCUUCCUAUAUUAGGGACGAGAGUGCAGUGAGCACAGGAACGUAGCGUGUCCUGAGUUGCGUGGAGGAUGGAUAGCACCUCUCCCCAGCCCCUCCCCGAGCGGGGGCCUCGGGUCGGCAACUGUGGGGAGGGCGGCGGCGAAGGGCCACAUCUGAGACAGUAAAAUGGGGCACGCGUCUGUCGUUGAGGGGAGGACCCUAGAGCGGCACACCCCUCUAUUCUCCGCCCCCAGUGACACGAUGGCCAGUUCCUAGCACUGGAUCAUUUUCUUAGUGAGAGUCUGCUAAUCAACUUGCAAUACCUCAAGACAGCUGCCCCGCAACCCUCCCUCCACCCUCUUCUUCCCCCGCCCCCCCCCCCAAAAGAACAAAUGGACCUGGCAGGGGGAAGGAGUAUAUCCUUUCUUGCUGGGGGAGGGAAUCUAUUCCAGCAUUUUCAAGGCUCCGGCCAGGGGCCAGCUGGAGGCCUGGCACUGACCGUUAUGACAGUUAGCAAUUAUCCUUUUAAUCACACUCUGGGGAGAGG